CAUCAUAAAAAAAUGAAUUCAGGAACGACAGGGUAUAAACGACAGAGAAGGGCUGUGGAGAAAAAAAUGUCAGUAAAAAAGCGUGAAAUAAAGAACAGUUGUUAUCCCAAAAACGCAUUGGUAGUGGAUGAGGUGACUGAGCCUAGGCGUUUGGUGCAACAUUUACUUGAAUCACUUUCCUUUCAAACUGUGGCUGCUUAUAAUUCUCAUGAAGCUAUACAAAUUUUGUAUAAUUCUCGUAUACAAUUUGACUUUAUAUUUGUUGAUUUUGAUUUGUCCAUAACCCCUGGACCUGAGCUGGUGAGGCGCAUACGUGCGAUGGGUAUAAGGAGCAAGGUGGUGGGUAUGUGCACAAAUUACAGUGAUGCUAAUUGUCAAAUGUUUCAAGAGGCAAGAGCUAAUGCCACAGUUGCAAAACCUUUGAACCGACAAACUCUUGAAAUUGUCACUGGAAUCCUUGCCAUCAUAUGAAUCUAAUGUUCCUUUUUAUUGCUAUGAUGGUGAGUUAUAUUGAUCAUCUAGAGCCACUGUACGGUACAACAGUUUGUAGAAUGUCAUAUUUUUUAAAUACGACGAUUCUAUGAGUUGAUGUAUUGUGCAAUGGUUAUAGAAGAUCUAAAUUUUUAUAUAUUUUGUUGUUUAGUUUGGUUUGUAUUAGUGCUGAAGAAGCAUAAAUUAGAAGACAUUGACUA